AUGGAACAGCGAUCUCUCGUGGACUUUUCCUUCAGUGGCGUAAAUUUUUCUGGUAAUUUGCUGCCUAAAUCUCUUGGCUAUCUAUCUUCUUUGCAGUUCUUGAUGCUUUCUUCUUGCAAUUUGUCGGGGCCAAUUCCAAGAUCUCUUUGGAAUCUCACCAAUAUACAGUAUUUGAUCCUUGAAAAUAACAAUCUGGAAGGAUCACUUCCUCCGUUUUCAAGCGGACUGCAGAAUCUGUUUCAACUUUCCCUUAGAAACAACUCGUUGAAUGGAGAAUUACCGUCCUGGAUAUUCUCCCUACCGUCACUAUCUGCACUACACUUGAGUUUCAACCGCUUUUCCGGUCAACUUAAGGAUUUCAAGUACAAUACAGUAACCGAGAUUCGUCUAGGACAUAACCAGUUACAAGGUCCUCUUCCCAAGUCUAUUCAGAACCUUGUGAACCUAGCGUGGCUUGAUAUUCCGUCCAACCACUUUACUGGCAAUGUAGAUGUCAGCUUCAUUUCUGACCUCAAAAAACUUUGGUUUCUCGAUCUCUCAUUUAAUAAUAUUUCGCUAACCAAUGAGAGAAAAGUCAAAUCUACCUAG